AUGGAAAGUCCAAUGUCUCAGGACCAAAGAGUAGCUGAUUCCCCUGAGCCACUGCUAGGUGCUCAGCUAGAGCACAAUACUUCAGUGCUGAGACAUUGGACGUAUAUAGAGAUUUCUAACUCUGGCUUUCAUCAGGCGAUUGAAAGGAGAGGAGCUCGCUUUGGAGCAGCUGAAGGUCUACAGAUGGAAAGUCCAAUGUCUCAGGACCAAAGAGUAGUUGAUUCCCCUGAGCCACUGUCAGCAUUGUCCCCCACUCCUCCUAAGAUUUUGCUUCAAAUCAUCGCAAAUCAGGCUGGUGGAGAGUUAGAGUCUCUCACACCUCAGAAGAAACUUUUGAACUCAAUUGUCAAAGUUGAGAAAGUCAUAAUGGAGGAAUUAGGAAAACUGAAGAGGACCCCAAGUGCUAGGAAAGCUGAGAGGGAGAAAAGAGUUGGCACAUUAAUGUCAAUGCGGUGA